AUGGCAGCAACUCCCUCUCAACAUCCUGUUUCCGAAGAUGUUGCUGCACAUGUUCCAGAAGAUACUACUGCACCCUCUGAUUCAGCCAAUGUUUCUCAGAGUGCUGCUGAGGAUGCUGCGCCCUACCAGGAUGAAGAAAUGCCUGAUUUUUCAGGGAUGUCCUCUGCCGAGCAUGUUGACAUUCCCUCUGUUGAUGCUCAGGAUUUCACUACCACUGAAGAAACACCCUCAGCACCAUAUGCAGAUCCUCUGGAAACUCUUCAAGUAGAUGUUCAAGUAGAUGCAGCACCUUCUCAGGCUGAUGAACCAGAGAAAAGUGAUGACAGCUGGAAAGUUCCCCUUGCCACUUUUCGCAAAAAUUUGCCAUCCUCAGAGUCAGACAGUGACUCAUCUGAGGACUCAUCUCAGAUGGAAGAAGAUGCUGCUCCACCUAUUGCAUCACCUGAGCCAGCAUGCAUACCAGAUGAACUUGAAGACUCAGAAGAAGAGGAAUCUUCAGAAGAAGAAGAGCUAGACUUGGAUGGGAAGGAACUGUCAACUCCUUUUGAGUUCAGAUCACCUAUCAUCAGUGCAUGGUGGAAAUACUUCAGAGAGAUCUUUCUGAUCAAAAAGGGGGAGAAAAAGCUAGUCAUGAAGAUUGAAGCAGGGACUUCUCAUCCUUUGGAUGCCAGAGGCAGAGAGCAAGGAGUCAAUGAAGAGGGAGCAAGGAAUGAGGGCGAAGCUCAAGGAGCAGAGAAAAGCAGUGGAUCCAGUGCUAGUGAUGGAGGAGCAGGGGAGUUCAAGCAAUGA